AUGUCGACGGCCUCAAACCGAUCCAGUGGCGUCAAUCGUCGCCUAAACAGCCUGCAAAAUGAAGGAAAACACUCUCAUUCUCGCAGUCUGUCCAAUUCUUCUCGAAAGCGCCUGUUAAGUUCAACCGACGCCUAUUCCUAUGCACUUCGAGUUGCAUACUUGUCGCAUCUCCUCCAACCUCGAGCGCGGCGCACACAAAAGGCGCCAGGCCCCAACAGCCAUGUACGCCGGUCAUCGUCGUCGUUGCAGGAUCUCCUCGGAGACUUUGUUCGGCUCAGGGACUCGAAAAGCACAAGGUUUCCACAUGGAUUCAUAGCAGAGCUCGAAAAGAGACUUACGGGGAUCCUGGUCGGCACUGAAAGGCGAAAGGAAUACAAGGAUCCAUUGGUGAUACGAACGUUUGCUAUCUUCUUGAAUGCACUGAAAGAGCAGUCUUUCAAGAGGCGUAUGGAGCAAGAUCGCCGUGUUGAGGACCUGGUUUUGAUCUUUUUUUCCAAUGCAACCAAGGAACUAGGAAAAGGGAAAGACUCUAGUGACGACAGCUGGAGUCUGAUGGUUGAUCGACACGUUGCGCUUUUUGUCCGUCUUAUUACUCUUAUUUUGAAGGAACACGACUGGGCAAAGGACAGACCAGAACUAACUAGCAGGCUGGCGGUGCUGGAAAGCAAAUUGCUGGCCCAUGACCAGGAUCUUACCGAAUCUAAUGGACCGUCUAAAGCGACAAUCGAGACAAUUGCCCCUGUGAGCUACGACGUCAAAGACAUGCCACUUGUGCUAUUUGUCGCCAAAAUAUUCGGGAUUAGUUCGUUCCAAGCCCAAGAUGAUAUCAAUAGGAAUAAGACUACAUGGUCGGAAAAGGCUGCGCUUCAGGACCUGAAGAACUACCAGGCUCACUUGACCUUGAAGACCGGAAAAACUUUAUCCAGAGACGAUUUCCCCGACGAUGAAGCCUACGAAGCAUGGAAACGUGGUGAGGGGCCGGACCUUUCACAGAUGAUGCUGGCAAUUGUGCAAUCCAACCCCGAGCUUGCAAAGAGCACUCCAGGGAGCGCCCUGCCCCAGUUCAAUGCCUUGGCUCAGGAUGCUUCAGGGGAUGUUCCCGACCUGUCGUCACCGAAUUCAAAUAGGUCGAAUCGCAUUUCGUAUGUGAUUGAUCAACCUAUUGACCUAAGCUCAAUGUCCUUGGCGGAUGGGGCAGAGCCAGAUAGCAUCUACACUUUCAUUCCAUCCGAUCCGCGCUCUCUCUAUCGAGCUAUCCUCUCCCGGGCCCUCAUAUAUGAUAUCCAGGACCAGAAGCUAGAAGCCACAGAGGCGACGGCUGAAGUUCCAUCCAUGAAGUUGCUGUCUAAACAAUCCACCGAACUUCUAAAUGAAAUAUGCUUGCGUUGGCGGGUUCCAGCUUCUUCUCGAGUAGUUUUAUUUCUGGAUGUCAUCCGCGAGAAGUUUAUGGAUCAGAAAAUCGACAUCGAAACGGUAGAUUCCGCAUUUACCUUUGUCAAGGAAGCGCCCUUGCAGGAUGGCAAGAAACGAGGCGGCUUUGUGGCGUCUGUGGUCUUUGAGAGAGAACGGUGGAUUACGCCUGAUACUGUCUUGAUGCGUGAACUUUUGUGGGCACUACGAGAAGCACUCUUGCGCGAGCUGUAUGAUGUGAUGAUGCAUUGCUAUGACCCAGAACCUCGUCCGAUCGGUCCAGUCAUGUAUGUCUUGGAUCAUCACGUCCGAUCUGAUCCUCAUUUUGAAGAAACGCCGCACAAGUUUGACGCAUUCGCGAAGCAUGUCCAAGAAGGUCUUCUCGAAAAGGCCAAGACAUGCUAUCAACGACUUCUGGAUGAAUCCAUACCGGCGGAUCAAUCGGAAUGGGAGGCAUACCACGUUACUCAGCUAGGGGAAUCGAUUAUGAAGCUGGGGAAAAAGAUCCAGAAACGAUACAGGAAGAAUCCUGUAAUUAUGGGGGUCAGUCCAUUGGACAUAUUGCUAGGAUGUGUGCUGCCGAUGUUUGCACAUGAUGCACAGGAUAUUGUCAUCAGACUCAUGCAACGAGCAAAAGACCAAAACGUAGAAAUUCCCAUUGAGGAUGGCUUUGAUCUCUACAAGGCGUUUUCUUCGAUCAGACGCCUGCAUUCGGACGCACUCCCUGAGACACGUUUCCCCGUUCCUGUUGAGGAUUUGCUCUCUGGCUUUGUCUGGCAGUGGAUCUAUCAAGCCGAAGGAAAAAUCAUGGAUUGGGUUGAGCAAGCCAGUAAACAAGACACAUAUGCGGUCAGGAGUGAUGAGUCAAACACGCUUUCAGAUGACGAACUACGGCACAGUGUCUCUGCAGUUGACAUAUUUCGCUCAUUCAACCAGGUUGUCGAGGAGCUUGUGAAUCUGGGGUGGGAUGACGAUUUCCAAUACGCCAAGUUUAUGACUGCGUUAUCCAAGUCUAUUGGACGCGGAAUCGCCAAGUACUGUGAAUUGCUCGAACAAGCAUUCAUCAAGGAGAUGGACCGACUAUCGCCAGACCAAGAGGCUACCGUUGUACAAAGCAGACAAGAGAGGUUUAUGCAAAUGGCCAAGGAAGCAUGGAACUCCAAGGAAAAAAUUGAGCCGUUUCAAUUCUUGCCAGAGUCUCUUGUCAAAUUGAACAACAUCAACUACGCGGUUGGUCAGCUUGAGAAGCUGGAAAAGGAGAUCAACGUGGAUGCGUGCGCGGACGUGAUUGCAAAACACAGCCCUCCCCUAGCUCAGCAAAAGGUUCGCAAGGCGACGACCUAUGUCUUUACCGUCAAAAUUGUUGAAGGAGAGGAUUUGAAGGCGUGCGACAUUGACGGGUGGAGUGACCCAUACGUCGUUCUGACGGAUGAGUACCAGAAGCGUAUAGCCAAGACUCACAUUGUGUACCGCAAUCUAAAUCCUCGGUGGGAUAAUUCGGUCGACAUCACCACUAGAGGGCCACUGAAUAUUAUUGCCACAGUGUGGGACUGGGAUGCAGUUGGCGACCAUGACUACGUGGGACGGACGUCGCUCAAGCUGGAUCCGGCCCACUUUAGUGAUUUUCUUCCGCGUGAGUUCUGGCUGGAUCUGGAUACGCAAGGGCGUGUUCUGCUUCGAGUCAGUAUGGAAGGUGAACGAGACGACAUUCAGUUCUACUUUGGAAAGUGUUUCCGAACGUUGAAGCGGACGGAGAAGGAGAUGACUCGGAAGAUUACCGAAAAGCUUUCGGCUUAUAUCAGCCACUCUCUUUCGCGAAGGGCGCUGAAAGCAAUGCUGAACCGUGGUCUUACGAGCUUUUCCAACUUCCUCAGUCGCAAUCGGUCUGCAAACACAUCGAUGAUGCCAACACAAGAGGAGAUUGAACUAGCCCUCGAUCCUCUCUUUACGUACUUUAACGACAACUUUGCCAUAAUGGACAAGACACUGACAUCGGAGGCGAUGAAGAUGGUCAUGGCUCGGCUGUGGAAAGAAGUAUUGGUCACGAUUGAGGGUCUUCUUGUGCCACCUCUUUCAGACAAGCCGUCGCACCAGCGGCCGCUGACACAGCAAGAAGUCGAUAUUGUAUCCAAGUGGCUCGAAUUGCUGUUGGUUUUCUUCCAGGUUCCGGACGAAGUGACUGGGGAGUCCAACGGAGUCUCGCUGGAUAUCCUAAAGUCGCCCAAAUACCACGAGAUCCAGUCUCUCAACUUCUUCUAUUUUGAGCCGACGGACACACUGGUACGCACGAGCGAGCGCAUGGCAUCAGCAACAGCAGCAAGACAGCAGGCCAACAAGGGCAGGCCAUCUGCAUCGACAGGCUCCAGCCACCUGGGCGGGUCUGGCAUGCUGGGCGUCCCCGUGAAACGAGCCAAGAGCGUGAUGUUUGUCCGCAACGUCGGCACAAUGCGUAAAGCAAAGGCAGAAAAAUGGCGUGAGGCGCAAGCAGACCCCAACGAUGACAUGAUUCUGCGCAUCCUCCGCAUGCGCCCAGAAGCAGCAGGUUAUCUGCGCGACCGCAGCCGCCAGAAGGAGCGGUUGGCGGCGGCGGCAGCGGCCGAUGCCAUUGUCAAGCAGAGUUUGAUGGCGAGCAGUGGGAGUAGCAGAAUGACGGGGACGCUGGGACGACGGUAG